AUGCCCCGCGCUGCCUCUGAGAAGACCUCCAAGAAGGCCAAGGCCUCACCCUCUGCUGCCACUGGUUCGAAGAAGAAGUCUUCACCCUAUAACAUCUACAUGAAGGCCGAGCUGGCUAAACUGAAAGAGAAGAACCCCGAGCUGUCCCAUAAGGAGCGCUUCAAGUUGGCUGCCACUUCCUGGGCCGAGUCCCCUGAGAAUCCCAAGAACCAGAAAUAG